GAGAGAGAGCAUGUGGAUGGUCCCUGGAUAAGGCCUGAUCCAUGCUAUUCGAUCUGUAAGGGUAGUUUUUAUUUAAAUAGCAGGAAAAACCUCCUGACAGGAAGAUCUGUACAACAGUGGAAGAGUCUACUUAGGGAGCGUGCAGGUUCUCCAUCUGUGGAGGCCUUUAAGAGGAGGCUGGAUGGCCAUCUCCUGAGGAUGGUUUAACUGGUUUUCCUGCACAUGGCAGCAGGUUGGAGAGGUCCUCCUGGUGGCCCCUUCCGUCUCUAUGAUGCUGUGUCUUCUGAUCCAGUCUGGUGGAUCUCCUCUUGUGUUUUUUCUUCACUUCUGGGUUCUAGCGGAUGACGGCUGUAAGAGCAAAGAGGAAGAAGGUCUUCUUCAGCCAGACGUUUCAGCCCUGGAGGAGAGGAACCAGGUUGCAUCUCCACCAGCUGAAGGGGGACUCCGCUGCUUCCGCCAAAGAGGAAGGAGUCCUGUGACUCGGCACAGACCAAAGGGGGGGGGCCUAACCGAAGCUGCUCCCAGCAAGGAAGCCAACCGGAAUCCUGGUGAGGCUAUCCUCCACAAGGGGGGUCCCCGGGAUAGGAGAGCAAAAGCACGUGCGGAGCGCAGGGAAGGGCGUGCAUCCGAAGCUGCAAGCGAUCAAGAGGGGAGAGAGGAGGAGGGACCCCAUCAGAACGAAAAUUCUCCGUUGAGAUGUUCAGGAGGGCCAUCGAGGCAGCCUAGCAAGGAAGAAACUUUUCUCCGUAGAAAGGAAGAAGUAAGCUUGAAGAGAUGUCGUAGACCAGAGAUAACUCAAACAAAGCAAGCUCAGAAGAAAGCCAUUUCUUGUGAGAAAAACAAUGAGAAUCACAUUAAAAGAGUCCAAGUCAGAGAAAAAAGUCAGGGGGAUGUGGCAAGUAAGGUGCGUUCAGAAGAAUUAGAAACCUCUUCCAAAACCAGCGGAAUGGCCUGUUCAGCAGGACCCCCAUUCAAAUGUUUUGACUGUGGGAGAAUUUGCACUCAUAAAGCUGCAUUUAUUAUCCACCUGAGAACUCACACUGGGGAAAAGCCAUUUCCCUGCUCAACUUGCAAGGAAAAAUUUCGUUCUAAAUCCGCUCUUGUUAGACACGAGAAAAUCCAUGGAGGAGACAAACCCCAUUUGUGUUCAAUUUGUGGGAAAAGCUUCUAUUUCAGGAAUUUUCUUCGAAGACACGAGAAGAUCCAUUUGGGAGUGAAACCCUUUGAAUGUGCGACUUGUGGGAAAAAAUUUGGUAGCAGGGCGCAUUUUAUUAGGCACGAAAAUGUGCAUUUAGGAUUGAAGUUGUUUGCCUGUUUGUACUGCGAGAAAAGAUUUGGAACCCGAGAGCGGCUCACACAGCAUGAGAGAAUCCAUACAGGGGAGAAACCAUACAUAUGCUCAGAUUGCGGGAGGAGUUUCAACUGUUCAUCAAACUUGAGCCGGCACAAGAAAAUUCACAGAGAAGAAAAACCGCAUAAAUGUCCGGAUUGUGGGAAAACCUUCAGGACCAUUUCAGACUUGAAACUUCAUGAGCGAAUCCACACCGGUGAGAAACCUUAUCAGUGCUCUGAUUGCGGGAACAGGUUCGCUAGCCAUUCCGCCUUUCGACGUCACAAGAAAACCCACAUAGACGAAAAGCCAUAUAAAUGCCUCGAAUGUGGGAAAUGUUUAAAGCAUAAAUUCACCUUGGUUAAUCACCAGAAGAUGCAUAAAUAUAAAUGCUCUGACUGUGACAAAAGUUUCAGUCAAAGCUCACGCCUUGAACGACACAGAAGAAAACACACCGGUGAGAAGCCAUUCAGGUGUUCCUGUUGUGAGAAAAGCUUUGAUCAUACCUCUUCGCUGGUGAUACAUGAGAGAACUCACACAGGGGAGAAACCAUACAAAUGCUCAGUGUGCGGGAAAGGCUUUGUAACGAAAUAUAAACUCUUUCGACAUGAGCCCAUCCACUUUGCCGAAAAGGGUUCAUAUCUCCCUAGGCCCCAAGCGGUCCCUGCCCGCAAGAAACGGUUCAAAUGCUCCCAUUGCGAGAAGAGUUUUGCUCAGAGAUCGCGAAGUCUUGAUCAUGAACUGUCCCAUCAGGGAAAAAGGUUCUGGGGCUGUCCAGAAUGUGGGAAAAGUUACACCACGCUUUCGUCCUUAUGGCAGCAUCAAAAGAUUCACACGGGAAAGAAUUUGCAUAAAUGCUCUGAAUGCGGGAAGGUCUUCACCAGUAACUCGUUUCUUCAGUUGCAUCAAAGAAUCCACUCCGAAGAAAAGCCGCAUACGUGCUGGGAUUGCGGGAAGGGUUUUCGGUCCUUGUCAGCCCUCGGAGUACAUAAAAGGAUCCAUACGGGAGAGAAGCCGUUCAAAUGCUUUGAGUGCGGGGAAAGUUUUGCCCAUGGUCAACGACUGAGGAGACAUCAGAGGACCCACCUGGAGGAGCAGCCGUAUAAAUGCUCGAUAUGCAAGGAAGGCUUUAGGGACUAUUUGUCUCUGAGAAGGCAUAAAAAAACCCACACUAAGACAUUUCAGUGUUUGGCAUGCGGAAAAGGCUUCAAGAAGAGAACACACCUGGCUGGACAUCAGAAAUGCUCACAGUGCCAGGGAAAAAGGGAGAUUGGAAAAAGCAGUGACUUCACUGGAAGAAGUGGCAGCGGAGAACCGUCUUCUCAGGACCGCUGCUAACAACCCAACUAUUGAUCUGCCGCCAAAAAUAUCACCAGGGAAACUGGGUUUGCAGACCAGAGAGAUGAAAGGCUAAAGCCCCCUUGGGUCGGCAGGGAGCUGGAGACCAGCUUUCUUCAGGAAAGAGCACUCGGGGACCAUUUGGGUGCUGAUACUGGUUCUGGGUUUACUAAUCCAUUGUAAUUCUGAAAAGUAGUUUGUUUCUUUUUUUUUUAAGGACAGGUGAAUUUGAAUGAGACAUCCCUGAAUUUGAAUGAAGAUUUUUGAACUCUCAAAGCAUUGGAGGAGGCAGAGAAAACCUGAUGUAGGAUGUCAUUCGCUGUUGGAAUGGCAGUCCCAGACAUAUUUUAGAUAUGUACAUCUUUCCAUUUUAACUCUUUUAUCCUACAAAUCAAGGAAAAGCAAGCCCAUAAACAUUGUCACCAUCGUACAAACUUA